AUGAUACAUUCCAAAGGCGGAUUUAUAAUUCGCAAUUGGGCCUCAAACAGCCGAGAUGUUUUGGAUCAUCUAGGCGAAGGUUCAGCGGACGGAGUUAAAGAGCUGAACUUGACUGGAAACGGAAACACUGAGCGCGUGUUGGGAAUGCUCUGGAAGUCUGCGGAAGAUGAUUUAAUAUAUUCUACAUCAUUUCGAAAGGACAUCGCUUCAAUCAUCGAUUCGGGAGUGAGACCAACAAAACGACAGAUUCUCAAGUGUAUCAUGAGCCUAUUUAAUCCGCUCGGGCUCUUGGCAUCUUUUCUGGUCCACGGCAAGAUUUUGAUGCAGGAAGUAUGGUGCCAAAAGAUACAGUGGGACGAGCGUGUCAACGAUCAUAUCUACAGCCGUUGGACGAAAUGGAUCUCGUUAUUCAGCCAAGUGCGGGAGAUCCGCAUUCGACGCUGCUAUUUUGAAAAUGCAAGUUCCAGCAUGUAUGAAACCCUAGAAGUCCACACAUUCGUUGACGCCAGUGAGGAUGCCUAUUCUGCCGUUGUGUAUUUCCGCGUCAAGGCCCUGAACGGCACCAUUCAGUGCACAAUAGUGGCUGCAAAAACGAAGGUUGUACCUCUUCAACAUGCUACGAUUCCUCGGCUUGAGUUGAUGGCUGCACUGCUAGGCGUUCGUCUUACAAAUUUCGUUGUCGAUGGGCAUUCGGUCACUGUACGGCGACGAGUAUUCUGGUCCGAUUCAAGGACCGUGCUAGCUUGGAUUGGGUCCGAGCACCGCCGUUAUCGCCAAUUUGUUGCUUGUCGAGUCGGCGAAAUAUUGUCGUCAACGAACGCGAACGAAUGGAGAUGGUCGCCAAGCAAUCUGAACGUAGCGAACGACGCCACCAAGUGGGGGAAAGGCCCUUGCUUUGACGCUUCCAGUCGUUGGUUCAUCGGGCCUCAGUUCUUGUACUCGAAUGAACAAAAUUGGCCACAGUCGGUACAGGGGAUUUCUUCUACCGAUGAAGAGUUGCGUCCAUGCAAUGUCCAUCAAGUAGCACCUUUAUCACUGAUUCAAUUUGACCGUUUUUCGAACUGGCAUCGCUUGCUGCGGACUGUAGCUUAUAUUAAACGUUUUGUGAACGCCAGCAAAAAGAAAAUGCAGCAACCCUUUAAGAAAGAAAUCCUAUGUCAGCAAGAAUUGCAGACCGCUGAAAAUUUGUUAUGGAGAAUUAUUCAGCUAGAUACGUACACAGAUGAGAUCACCAUUUUGCAGAAAAAUGAGCGAUUGCCCAUUGAUGAACACCAAACGGUGGACAAAUCAAGUGUGCUUUUUAAAUUGACGCCGACACUGGAUGAUCAGAGAAUUUUGCGCGUUGAUGGGCGCAUAGGUGCUCUACAUAUAGCUUCGGCAGAUCAAAAAUGUCCCAUCAUACUGCCAAGGCAUCAUCGGGUGACAUUCUUGGUUGUGGACAGCUAUCAUCGAAAGUAUCUACAUGCCAAUUCUGAGACGGUGGUCAACGAAGUGCGCCAACGUUUCUAUGUGCCACGGCUGCGAGUGCUGGUAAAAACCGUAGUCAACCGGUGUCUGUGGUGCAAAAUAUAA